ACUCUUCCCACUUCCCUCUUCCAGCUUCACUCUCGGGCCUCGGCGAUUCCACCCACACGGCCACACAAAAAAAACCCCAAGUUCCUAAGACCCUAACCCGCGCGGCCACGCCGCGGCUCUCCUCUCAGUUCUCACUCUCACUCUCUCAAGUCUCAAUCCUCUCCUCUCCUCAGACUCCUCUGGUGCGCUGCUACGCCGCGGCCCGCGGCUCUCCUCUCAGCUCUCACUCUCUCAAUCCUCUCCUCUCCGGCUCUCCUCUGGUGUGCUGCUACGUGCCGCGGUGCCGGUGCUCCUUGAGCUUCCUCACGGUCCCGGAUCAAGCUCCCUCACGAUCCACAGACGCAGAUCUACCCUUAUAUCGCGAGGACAGAGGUGGAGCCGUGGACCCGCCCGGAUCUCGCCCGCCCGCCCGCCCGCCUGCCUGUUUUGCCACCCCUAUCUAUUACUAGCUGCUUUUGGACUGCCCUAGACCAGGCCUAGUCUUGGCCCACUUGACCAACUAGGCCCACAGUCCCAGUGGGCCUGGCUACGCCGGUUGGGCCUGACCCACCUAACCAAGCCCAUGUAGUCUACCAGCUCAUAUCAACUCACCUAGCCAGCUCGUCAUUUCUUCCUCCCUUCAGUCCCUCGUAACUCUGUAAGCCGAUUUCGCGAAGGAACGAGCGUAAGCCGUCGAGGGUUCUUCAAGCUGCGAUACUUUAUCUGAAUCUUGGAUUCUCACAGAGCCUCGGAUAGGAGAGCGGGAAAAGCCCCGCUGAUAUAGUACGGUCUAUCUACCCUUUUUGAAAGGUCGUUACACUCUCACUACACUUCGUCCUCCACCCCUUUUCUCUAAAUUCUGGGCUAUUUCUUCGCCGGUUCGACGAUCAGAAGCUGCCACGUCAUUCCUAGAAAGAUUCUCUACGAAUUUGUUAGAGUGAUUCGUCGGUUAGCUAACUUGCGAACCAUCCCAAAAUUUGGGGUGUUGAGCUGGGGACCACACGGGUGUGAUUUUGGAGUAAUUCGUAGGCUUUUUCAUAAAUCAGGCAGUGUUGUGGUGUAGUUGAUUAUCACGUAAUUCUAAUACAAGGUCUGUGGUUCAAGUCCGGGCAAGAUUGUUCUUCAUUUCCAUUCCGUCUGGUUGGAGCCAUCUGUCUUUCGAAAUCUCAUCUUUACAGCAUCAAACUCAUCAAUACCCCCUCUUUAUCAAAUCUCGACAUCUGCAGCGCAAUCAAGCAAAAACGUCUGCUUCAAGCCCCCGCAACUAAUUAAAAAAUGGCGGAUAACAUCAUUACCUCUGAGAAACCAUCCUCAGCAUCCCCUUUGACUCUGCCUUCUCGUAUAAUCUGCCUAGUAUGCCAAAAGCAAUUUUCACAAUAUACUUGUCCUCGAUGCAAUUCCCGUUAUUGCUCUCUUCAGUGCUACAAGUCCCACAAUCUUCAUUGCACGGAAUCCUUUAUGCGAGAAAAUGUAGUUGAAGAGCUGCGGCAAGUGCAACCUGAUGAUGAAGCCAAACAAAAAAUGCUGGACAUACUGAAACGAUUCCAUUCUGAAGAUGAAGCAUGUGGCAUGGAUGAAGAUGAUUCAGCUCUGUCAGAGGAUAUUGUUCAAAAGGUUUUGUCUGGAGGUGAAGCCAGUAUUGAUGAUUUAUCUGCUGAAGAUAAGAAACGUUUCCUAAGAGCUGUAGCAUCUGGGGAACUAAGCAGGAUGAUUGAGCCAUGGGAGCCAUGGUGGUUGAAGCCUUCUGCUAGGACCUUAUCUCUCAGCCAGGGAGGAAGUCGACUAGUCCUGCCGCUUCUCAAGCAACAAACGGAAACAUCCUCACAAGAUGAUCUAGAAAGUAAUCAUCCAACCGACAUUCCUCUAGGACCCGAAACCCCCCUACCUCCUGUUUCGAAGCUUAGCUCAAGGCAGCCAUCCCCACUUCUAUCUGUUCACCUGGUUGACAUUAUAUACAGCUAUUGUUUCAUGCUUAGGCUCUACAACGGGGAUUCCCAGUCUGAUUCUUUAGGAUCAGCCAUGGUGAUGUUGAGUGUGUCCUCCGUCCUAGGUCAAGGUGGGCAUCCCGAAACGGUUUCUGAAGCUCUCUCUCAUUGCUUGGAGCAGGCGUGCUCUCCCGCUUACAAGCACAUGGGUGGCUACCAAUUUGGACUGGGUCUUUUUGACGAUGUAAUAACCCUACUUUCCCUCGGCAGUUCUGCGCUAAUUUGCUUACUGUGUGACCUGCAGAGGCUGAUUCAAGCAGGGGAGACCGAGCUGAGGUCAGAGAAACUGCGGAAGUCAAAGAGGGUGGAAAUGACAACCAAGCUAAAGCUUGCUGAGAAGAAGGUAUAUUACAUCAUGUGUUGGGUCCAUGAGCAGCCAGGGGAAGUCUGGUCUUCUUUGGCUGCUCUUGUGACGGCAGAGAAGGGUUCAGCUAUGGAUCACACAGGCAGUAAAAGUAGCUCUGGGAAAGCGCAGUAUAAAGCAGAAAGCAGGGGCAAGGUUUUGAUUGAGGAGGUUCAGUGAUGUGUGUUAAAAAAAUUUAUAGUAUCUUUCAUUUUCUGUAUUAUCUUAUCAAUCAUAUGGAAUGUACAUCUAGGUUUUAAUGUGGGUUUAUGUUGUUUUUAGGUGGGUUGGGUUGGUUUAGGGUUUAUGUUAUCUUUGAUUGAAACAAUAGUUAAUAGUUUAUAGGACAGAGGUAUGUUUUAGGCACGAGUUUAAUUCAAUGUUUUAUUCGGGAAAUAAAAGCUAUUAAGAACUCGACAUAAA